AUGACUGUUUUUGCUUCUCUCUUUGCUCCUUUUUAUCAAUGUUGUAAGGUCAUUUAUAAGACUGAUAACGUUGUUCCUUCGAUGGACUAUAGAGGAUUUGAAAAAGAUCAAGAUCGAAUUGGUUGGUCUAUUGAUAAACUUGAGUCAGAUAACCUGCUAAUGUAUCAAAACCAGGGUCUUGUAGAUAUCGACAUAUAUAGAUUAGAGCUUAAAAAUCUUCUUCUAACAGAUCCUCAUAUUGUUAUUGAAUUGAAAGAUAUAAAUCAUAUAUUCAGUGUAUUUAAAUACAGGAUAUGUGACAAAAAACCAAGUCCAGAAGUUUCUAAAAGAUGGUGA